CCCGCCCGCCUGGCCCCGCAGCGCCGGGCGCAGAGGAGCCGCGGGCGGCGCAGGGAGGCGGGCAGCGCCCCGCGCGCGCUUUUGUCGCCCCCGAAGCCGGCGCGCGGAGAGCGCCGGGCGAGCGCGCGUCGGGCGGCGGCCGCGCUGGGGGGCGUGGGGCGAGCCGGCGCGAGGAGCGGCGGGGGCGAAACUUCGCGGCCAGAUGCCUGAAGGCGCGGCGGCGCUGCGAGGCUGCCGCUGCUGCCCCUGCGGGCUCCGGGCGCGUCUCCGCGGGCGGCGCUGCCCGCGGCGCGGCGUGUGCACCGAGCGAGUGAAGGUUUGUGUGCUGGAGAGGCAAAUAUUUGACUUCCUUGGAUAUCAGUGGGCACCUAUCCUGGCAAAUUUUGUACAUAUUAUUAUCGUCAUUCUUGGUUUAUUUGGAACUAUUCAAUAUAGACCUCGUUACAUAACAGGAUAUGCCGUCUGGCUAGUCCUCUGGGUUACCUGGAAUGUGUUUGUUAUCUGCUUCUAUUUGGAGGCUGGGGACCUCUCAAAGGAAACAGACCUUAUCCUGACUUUUAAUAUUUCAAUGCACCGAUCUUGGUGGAUGGAGAAUGGACCAGGAUGUACGGUAACAUCAGUGACACCUGCACCAGACUGGGCCCCAGAAGACCAUCGCUACAUCACGGUCUCAGGGUGUUUUCUGGAGUACCAGUACAUAGAAGUGGCUCAUAGUUCCCUCCAGAUUGUUCUCGCACUGGCAGGGUUCAUCUACGCCUGUUAUGUUGUGAAAUGUAUAACUGAAGAAGAGGACAGCUUUGAUUUCAUAGGUGGCUUUGAUUCUUAUGGCUAUCAAGGGCCUCAGAAGACAUCUCAUUUACAACUACAGCCUAUGUACAUGCAAAUUCCCUUGGAUAACAACUGAUAACAAAUUCUAUAUAUCAGCAUCAAGUGAUAUGCUGAAUUGCAAGCGAAGAUCAAAAUAGAAAGUCGAAAUAAUACAGAUGGCUUCAGGAUGUCAGCUCCUGGACCUUUCAAAGAACUUGAUUCACAGUGGCCUCCUGCAUUUUAUGAAGAGCAAGAAGCAACUGAGUCUAAAUAUAUAUACAUAUUAACACAACAAACAUAAAGCCUCCACAUACACCGGGACACACACACACACACACACACAUGCACACGCACACGCGUGUGUGUGCACUCACACACACGUACACAGAGGCCCAUACUAAUUCCACUUGGCCUCCUUUUUCUAACCGAAACAAACAUGCAGGACACGCCCAUCUUGGAUUUCCUGAUAGCAGGCUUCUUUCUCCUAGGCCUUCGGAAAGUUCUCAAGGAGACGUUUUGGCGCCCUCUGCUGGCCGUCACUAACUCCUCCGCAGCCCAACCGGUCGGCCUCUGCCAGCUGCCAAGUCUUCGGGGGGCGCUUUAGUUGGAGAGCCCUGUCUUCUGCACUCCAUACGUUUUGAUAGCACCACGGCUAUGUAGGCAAUGUAAUUGCAAAAACAAACAAAACACGCCAUGAUGACCUUGUAACCGAAGUCCGAAAUGGCAGGUUGUUUGCCCUAAAGGCUCUACCGUACAUACUUGCCUUAACCCACCUAAGUUGUGCGCCCGCCCGAGUCUCAGUGCAGACCUCCCCAAGUCCCUUCCUUUAGGCUAACACACUGCUAUUAAUUCCGAAUGAGUUCGAGUCUGUGUGUUUCAUGUCAAGAAACAAGACUGCAUAGCCCAGCAGCUCCAGUGUCUGUGUACAAAAGCUGCCCGCUGUCAGCAAAGUGCUUUACCAUUGAACCUCCACGGUGGCCAAAACAGACAAGUGACAAUAACAACAACGACAAAAAUCGUCAUCUUUAUAAUGCUUAAAUAUGGUCUUCUCGAAGGGGUUGGGUGGGAUGAAGUAAAACUUACUAAUCUACUAAACUCAUUAAUCUACUGGAAGCAGAGAGCAGAAAUGGCUUAACUCAUUGAUUUUAUUUCUCGCACUCUAGGUGCUUUUAUAAGUAUCUACAAAUGUCUUUUACUAACACAGAAACAGCUGUGGAUUUCUAUCAACAGAGGCCAACUGAAUAUGUAUUAGCUAUGUUUACUCUUUUAUAUCUAAUUCAAACUGAAGACCCUACGUAGGUGAACUUUUUUUCCUAACUUCAGCGUACGAGAUUAUUUUUCGGGUGGGUGGGGUGGGGGGGAGCAAUAGUUACCUUGGUGAAAUAUUUGAGAUCUCUUUGUGGUAUUUGGGGGAUCUGUUGUGUGUUAGAGUGUAUUUUAAUCCUCCUGUAUUAUUGUGGCAGAAAAACUGUGCUGUUAACGUAGUUGGCAACAAGAUGCCUUUGGAAACUUAAUAGUAGGUCAAUGUGUUUAUGGAAUAUUCUGAAUUCCUAGGAAAUUUUGUUCUAUAUAUUCAAGCAUUAUUUGGUUUUCAUUAGUGGAAAACAUAAUUAGCUCAGGCUUGUCAGGAACUCAGAAGACUCAUAUUUUUUCUUGGAAAAAUCCACCUGAGAUGCUAAAAUCAAUUUUUUUAAACAAAUACAACAUCCUUAAAUGCAGUGAAAUUGAGACUUGAAAAGUUACUAACUGGCAUGGAGCAAUGUUUCCUCUUGGUUUCUAUGUAGUUUCAGUUACUGGGUUAACCUACUUUGGACCUUAGCCCAUCCAGAUCUACAUAAACCAGUCCCAUUACUGUGUUUGCAUGGAUGUCUGUGAAAUACACACACACACACAUUUGAAAACGAUAAAGGAACAAAGGUGAUAUUGGAACAUAAACAGACAAACAAAAAGGUUCCAGCACUUGUGCUUGAAUUUUCUCAGUGGCUUGUAUAUGUUUGUCCAUACGUACAAUGUAUAAAAUCUAUAAUUGCAAACAUGUCAGUGAAACCUCAUAUGAUGAUUUUAUAGUGACAUGCAUGUUUAAUGUAUGAGAAAAAUAUUUACCAAUGUGUUGUCCUCUGAUUCUUAAAAUAUAAAUACUAUACAUGCCAGAAACUACUCAUUUCAUAUAGUCACAUUUUAGUGUGACUAUUAUAAUGAGGUUUCACUGUACAUUCGUGCUGUGAUGGGGUUCCACCUUCUAGGACAUGUAUAUGGAUAGAGAUUUAAGUGCACAGACAACAAGCCCUCAUAUUCCUGCUUUAAGUUACAGCCAAGCUACCACCUAAUCACUACUAUCAUCGCCACGAAAAUUUUCAAAAACAGUUGUUGACUACUAAAAAGUAAUCAGUGGACAGGUCCUUUUUUGGGAGCAGUGAGCACAGUAGUGUGAUUAUAUCUGGAAAAACAACUAAGUUGUACAGCUGAAUCCUCCUCAAAAUCCGGUGAAGAAUGCUAUUUUUCUAGGCUGAGCUUUUGUUAUAAACCUAAUAUUCAGAAGGCAAGAGUUACAAUCCUGAUGUGUCUUCUUUUUUUUUUUUUUUUGCGUUUGUUAAUUCUGAAUGUAUUUUUAACAGAGUGAUUUUUUUGACUUACUAGUGUAAUUUGCAUUUUAAAAAUAAAUGGAAAAACAAUUAAGUUUCUGAGCCAUCCCUAAAAACCCCUUCUCCUUCACCCAGCGUAUUUGCUUAUGUCAUUGACAAGGAAACCCUAUUAAAUUUACAUGUAGGCAACGCGGUGUUCUGUGCUAUGCAGGGAUGGACACGUCAGCAAUAAAAAGAAAUCGCCAGGUCACGGCACCAUUUUAGCUCAGUCAUAGGUAGUGCGUACUUUCAUUAUCCCCGAACACUAAGAGUUCUUUUACGAGACUGCUUGGAAUAGACUUGCUGUCAUUGAGAGAACUACCCCACCCCGCCCCC